AUGGGCGCUGCAGUUGUCCCUACUCACGCCUUACGUGCAGCAGCUCGGUAUCCCCCAUGCCUGGGCCUCCUACAUCUGGCUCUGUGGGCCUUUGUCCGGCCUCCUCUGAUUGGUCACUGGAGCGACAGCUGUCGCUGCCCGUAUGGGCGGCGCCGGCCCUUUAUCGUGGCGGGGGCGGCUCUGGUGGCGGUGGCAGCGAUGCUGAUAGCGUUCUCGAGGGACUUGGGCUAUGCACUGGGGGAUGCGAGGAUUGAAGCAGGGCGGCCGCUGGUGGGAGCGAUUGUUGUUUUCAUCCUGGGGUUCUGGCUGCUUGACCUGGCCAACAACAGCCUACAGGGACCCUGUCGAGCUCUGCUGGCCGAUUUUACUGGCACGGAAGGCAAGCGCACUCGCAGGGCGAAUGCCUACUUUUCAGCGUUCAUGGCUCUCGGAAACGUGCUUGGCUUUGCAGCUGGAUCCUACCCCCACCUAGCCUCCGCUCUCUCCUCUCCUCUCUCCCUCCUCCUCCGCCCGUUCGGGGGGUUCUCGCUGGUAACCGCGGCGUGUAACGGUGUCGUAAGUGGGUUCAGUGCGAGUGAGAUAGAGGAGAUGGGAGCAGGCGAAAUGGGGCACAAGAUGGGGACGAAUGGGACAAGGGCAGCUGAUGCAGAGACAAGUCGGAAGGAGGAAACAGAGGAGAAAGCGGAGAACGGGGAACAAGAGGAGGAAGAGGAGGAGGAAGAGGGAGAGGAGGAACCGAAGCAGGUGCUGUUAUGGGAGCUGGUUAGUUCAGUGCAGCAGCUGCCCCCCCCCGUGCUGCGAGUGCUGGCAGUCACGGCCCUAACCUGGCUCGCAUGGUUCCCUUUUCUGCUCUUCGAUACGGACUGGAUGGGCAGGGAGGCAAAUGCCACCGGUAGCCUCUGCUGCUCCCUGCCUCAAAACGGACUGGUGACUGCUGGGCUUCGGAAACUGAUAGGCGCACGGAAACUCGGGAUGCUAGAGCCGAUGCUUGAGUCGCAGCCUGCAGUAGCACGCCAGCAUUCCUUGCUGCUGCCAUUUUCAAGCAUUUCAGGCGUGUCGCAAUCAAGAGUGGCCAAGGCAGCUGCACUCACCAUCUUUGCUGUUCUCGGCGCUCCCAUGGCGGUGAGUUGGGUCAUGCAUGGUAUCAGAGUUAUUACUGUGGUUGGAACAGGCGCAUUCACUGCUGCUAAUGUGCGUCUGAGUUUAUUAAAACACGCAAGGCAGCGGCACUCUGUGCUCACCAGCUUUGCAGUCCUCGGCGCUCCCAUGGCGGUGAGUGGGCCUACUGUCUUGCUGCUAUAG